AUGGUGCUAAGAUUGAUAUUUAGGUAUUUAGCCAAUAACGAGCAAUUAGUACAAAAACUAUCUGAGAGUUAUCUUGUGAGAAGAGCAGCUCAACUUACAAUAUCUUUAUUUUACAAGUCAAAAAAUUUUGCUGAAACAUACAAGGUUGAUGAAUUAAGCCCUAAACGGUUUAAGUCUUUUGUAGAAUCGUUUAAAACUAAUAUUAAACAAGAAAUUGAUGGAGCAAAGGAGCAGCUGAAAAAGCGGAAAUAAAUUUCUUGUGUCAAGCUAUAUUAUCCAGUUUUCAGAUUUAGUAUAUUAAAAAAAUUAAUUCUUUGUCAA